UUCAAUUUUGUAUUGUUGUAGAAACUCUCGUUUUACUAAAUUAAAGGUCGACACUUUAUCGACCUAUUGCAAAGUUUGUGUCAUUUCAAUCUGUCACCUUCUUCAAACCACUCGAGAUAUUUAUAUUUUUAAUUUAUUGAACACCAUGGACGACGUUCUAAACGAAGUUGUUUCGACAGAAGAUCUAAACAAAUUCGAAAAGGUAUACCAUGAACAAUUAUAUAAAAAUGAUAUGACACCAAAAGCACAAUUUGAGUAUGCUUGGUGUUUGGUUCGAAGUAAAUAUCCCGCAGAUAUUAAAAAAGGAAUCAUAUUAUUGGAAGAAUUAUUUAAAAAUCACACGGAAGGAAAGCGAGAUUAUUUAUACUUUUUAGCUGUUGGAAAUGCAAGAAUAAAAGAAUAUUCAGUAGCCUUACAAUAUGUUAGAGGUUUUUUACAUAUCGAACCUGGUAAUCAACAAGUUUUAGCAUUAGAAACACAUAUCAAAAAACGUAUGGAAAAAGAAGGACUGGUUGGAAUCGCGGUAGUUAGUGGAAUUGUAUUAGCUGUGGGGGGUUUGGUAGGUUUAGGAAUGGCAUUAGCAAAAAAAUAACAUUAGAUCAUAGUUUUUGUUUUUCUCAGAAUUUAUUAGUCACAUUCAUUUUUUCAUGCUUUGUUACAUUGCAUAUUUCUAGUUGCAUAAAUGCUGUUUUUAAACGUAUUUUUAUUAUUUAAAUAAAAAAUUCCAAUUUUGAAAAAUUUCUUUUUUUGUUUUAAUUGUAUUUUCUAUUUGUUAAUAUUUGUUAAUUAAUUUUAUUUUGUACAUGAUGUUGUAAAUAUUGUCUAUUGGGGAUAAUAAAUAAAGAUUGAAUAUAAUAGAA